GAGCGGUGUCACGGUUCCGUCGGAAGGUGGCAGUAACAGAUCCCGAGCUGGCAUUACCAGUUCUCACUCUCGGUCCUGGCAUGCAGGGUCUGGGUCCAGCCUGUAUCUUCCUGCGUAAGGGCAUUGCAGAGAAGCAAGGGUACCGAGAACUGGGAACCGACGAGAUAGAAGAGCUACGUGAUGCCUUUGUGGAGUUCGACAAGGACAAGGAUGGCUACAUCACCUGCAAGGACCUGGGGAACCUGAUGCGGAUCAUGGGCUAUAUGCCCACGGAGAUGGAGCUGAUAGAGCUGUCUCAGCAGAUCAACAUGAACCUUGGAGGUCGGGUGGAUUUCCAGGACUUUGUUGACCUGAUGACCCCAAAGCUGCUGGAAGAGACGGCCGGGAUGAUUGGAGUGAAGGAACUAAGAGAUGCCUUCAAAGAGUUUGAUGCCAAUGGUGAUGGGGAGAUUACUCUGGACGAGCUACAGCAGGCCAUGCAAAGGCUUCUGGGAGAAAAACUGACCAACAGUGAGAUUGCUGACGUAGUGCGGGAAGCUGAUAUGAAUGGGGAUGGGACGGUGGAUUUUGAAGAGUUUGUGCGAAUGAUGUCACGCUGAUCCCUGACGUCUCUCCACUUGACCUCCAAUGAAGAUCAAGGACACCCUGACCGCAGAGGCCAUACAGUAUACACCAGCAAAUAUCUUAACAGCGCUAUCUGUAGCAGAUCUAGCAGUAAAUAGGACCCCUCUGGGUCACGCUCCCUACCUUUUUCAGAACUCUUGUGAAUAAAUAUCCCUGCUUUUGUA